CUACAGAACACUUAAGUUGUUUCUGGACGCCGUGGCGAUCAUCCUUCAACUAAGCGGCUGCGUCCUUUGGCCGGUCAUGGAAGGCAUGAAUGGGAACACCUGCGGCCGCCUGGGCCAUCCCGACGGGGCUUAUUCUCACGUCGUUUGGGUGGUGGGAAAACUACGUCGUGAAGAAGCGUCCAGUUGCGAAACCGAGAAAGUCCGAAAAAUACACCAUUUUUGAAGUGGACUUGUCAAAGGAAGACGGGGCGCAGAAGGCACAGGCCCGGGUUGGUUUUCUGACAUUCCUUGGCAACAUCAAGUACCGCAUGUCAAAGACCCGCUACAUUAUCUACCUAUUUGUGUCUCUCUGGAAAAUUGCACUCUUCUUCGGCAUGAUGGUUCUUCUGAUGUCGACUCGAUUGGACGAUCCCAUGAACCUCUUCACGGAGAUGAAGUCCGGCUUCGCGAACCACACGCUGGUCAUCAACGAGACCGGAGGUUCCUUGGAGAAUUCCCACUCGGAUGCGACGGAUUUCUCGACGAACUUCAUGCAAACGACGACCAUCAUCUCCUCGGUCGCAACACCGGCUUACGUGUGGCUCGUACAGCUGUUCGGUGCCUAUUUGGCUUACAUCACUGGCAAAUUCGCCUGCAAGAUCUGGAUCCAGACGUUCAGCUUCGCGCUGCCGGUGAGCCUGGCGGUGCCGUGCAGCCUGUCGCUGAUGCUGCUGCUCUGUGGUCUGCGCGCCGACGACGCCUGCUGCUUCCAUGGAAAGCUGCCGCCCUACCUUUUCUUCGAGUGCCCGAGGGCCGACUACAUCGACUCCUUCCUGGCGGAGGAUUGCGUCUGGCUGUGGGUGCUGUGGCUGUUCUCCCAGGCGUGGAUCACGAUGCACAUGUGGACGCCGCACUGCUUCCGCCUGGCGCCCACCGAGGUGCUGUUCGUCACGCCCAUGUACAACUCGCUGCUGAUCGACCAGUCGCUGGCCAUGAACCGACGCCGUGACGACGACCCUGAUCUCUCCGCUGAGGACUUUGAUAUUGAUGCGGACCUGGAUGGCGGCCCGAAGAACGGUGUGGACUACAUCUCAACUCACUCGGAGGCCUCGGGCUCCAACUCGAGCGCACACCAUAGCGACUCCAUCACGCGGAUCCUGGCCUGCGCCACCAUGUGGCACGAGGAGAGGAACGAGAUGCUACUCAUGCUGCAGUCGGUGGCCCACAUGGACUACGACCAGUCGGCGCGGCGCUGCAUGCAAAAGUACCUGCGGAUUGUCGACAGCGACUACUACCACUACAAGACGCACAUCUUCUUUGACGACGCCUUCCAGAUCUCGGACGACGAGACCGAGGAACAGAACGAGAUCAAUCGAUACGUGCGCCAGCUGAUCGAGUGCAUCGACGUGGCGUGCUCGAACGUGCACGGCGUGGAGAUGACGCUGCCGGCGCCGACCAAGACGCCGACGCCGUACGGCGGACGCCUGGUCUGGACGCUGCCGGGCAAGACCGAGAUCGUCGUCCACCUCAAGGACAAGUCGCUGAUCCGGCACCGCAAGCGCUGGAGCCAGGUGAUGUACAUGUACUACCUGCUGGGCUUCAAGCUGAUGGAGCAGGACAUCGCGGUGGAGAGGAAGGAGGUGAUCGCCGAGAACACCUACCUGCUUGCUCUGGACGGCGACAUCGACUUCAUGCCGGAUGCUGUCAAGCUGCUGGUCGACUUGAUGAAGAAGAACCAGAAUCUAGGCGCCGCGUGUGGACGCAUCCACCCGGUGGGCUCGGGCCCGAUGGUGUGGUACCAGCUGUUCGAGUACGCCAUCGGCCACUGGCUGCAGAAGGCUACCGAGCACAUGAUCGGCUGCGUGCUCUGCAGUCCCGGCUGCUUCUCGCUCUUCCGCGCCAAGGGCCUGAUGGACGACAACGUGAUGAAGACGUACACAACGCCGGCCUCCGAGGCGCGCCACUACGUGCAGUACGAUCAGGGCGAAGACCGGUGGCUGUGCACGCUGCUGCUGCAGAGAGGCUAUCGGGUGGAGUACUGUGCUGCAUCUGAUGCGUACACCCACGCCCCAGAGGGCUUCAACGAGUUCUACAACCAACGCCGCCGCUGGGUGCCCUCCACCAUGGCCAACAUCCUGGACCUGCUGAAAAGCCACAAGAGGACUGUCAGGGUCAACGACAACAUCUCGACACUCUACGUCCUGUAUCAGGUGAUGCUCAUGGUCGGCACCGUACUGGGCCCCGGCACGAUCUUCCUGAUGCUGAUCGGGUCGUUCAACGCCGCGUUCGGCAUCAGCAACUGGUACUCGCUGCUCUACAACGCCAUCCCUGUCGUCAUCUUCAUGGCCGCCUGUGUGACGGUGAACUCAAAGAUACAGCUGCUGAUAGCCCAGCUCCUGACAGCCGUGUACACGAUUGUCAUGGUCAUCGUCAUCGUAGGGCUGGCGCUGCAGUUCGCCGAAGAAGGCAUGGAGUCACCCACGGCGAUAUUCUUCAUUGCCACCAUGGGCAGCUUCGUCCUUACUGCGGCCAUGCAUCCACUGGAGUUCUACUGUCUGCCCGCCCUGGUCGUCUACUACAUCACCGUGCCCAGCAUGUACUUCCUGCUGAUUGUCUACUCGUUCACCAACAUGAACAACGUCACGUGGGGCACCCGCGAGGUGGCAGUCAAGACCAGGAAGAGUGACGCGGACCUGGAAGCAGAGAAGAAGGCGCUGGAAGCGGCCAAGAAGCAGCCGGGUGGCAUCCUGGGCUUCCUCUACCAGUUCAACACCACCGCCAAGGACGACGACGGCUCGGUGGACUUCUCACUGGGAAACGUGUUCCGCUGCAUGUGCUGCACGCACCCCAAGGAGAUCAACGAGCGUGAGCAGCUGAAGCGCAUCGCCGACUCCAUUGACAGCAUCAACAAGCGGAUGGACUCGCUGGAGGGGACCGGUCUGCAGCGCCUCCGCAGCACCAGCCGCAGCUCGGCACGUGGGGGGAGGAUGAGCCCCGUCAGGGGGCCGGACGACCCGGAGGAGAGGAGGGACGAGCCCAGCGCCGGGCUGGCCGACUCUGGCCAGGUGCAUAUGAAGAAAAGGGACCUGCUGAAGAACCCGCUGUGGGUAGAAGACAAACUGUUCGCAGGCAAGGGCAGCAUGGAUUUGCUAUCGCAAAACGAAAUCGAAUUCUGGGAGCAGCUGAUCAAAACCUAUCUGUACCCGCUGAUUGAAAACAAGGAAGAAAAGGCACGCAUCGCGGCAGAACUGGACCAGCUGAGAACCACCGUCUGCUUCUUCUUCAUGAUGGUGAACGUGCUGUUCGUGGUAGCCAUCUUCAUUCUGGAGACGCACCAGGAUGAGCUGCACCUGAACUGGCCUUUGGGCGCGAAGAACACCAUCUCGUUCAGCACAGAUACUGUGGGAAGAAAGAUACAGAUCAGCCAGACCUAUCUUCAGCUGGAGCCCAUCGGCUUCGUCUUCGUCAUGUUCUUCGCGCUGAUCCUGGUCAUCCAAUUCACCGCUAUGAUGUUCCACCGUUUUGGGACCAUAUCGCAGAUCCUGUCGCUAGUCACAUUGUCCUUGUGCGGCGGAAAGAAAUCACGGUCGGGUGAAGACCUGCUGCGGGAGAACGGACUGCAGAUGGUGCGCGACAUGCAACGAAUGAAGAACCGCAAGGACUCGGAAGAGUCAAACCGGCCGCAGCGGCGCCAGACCGUCAGCCGACUGGUCCACGAGCGCACCAAGUCCAAAAAGCUCACGUUCUCGCUGGACGACAACUUCAUUCAGCACUACGACGAGACGGCCAACAAUAUGGACGAUGCGGCACCGUCUGGAGGUCGCGCCUCCCGGAUGAGCAAGCGGCGGGCCACGAUGAAGGCCAUGGUGAGCCGCCGGCAGUCUGUGAUGAACGAAC